GAUGCGUGGCAAAUGUACGGGAGCUGUGGAGGCAUGGACAACAAUGUUAAAAAUUGUAUUUUAUUGUAUCAAGAUUUUCAGGAAGAAAUUGGAAUGUAUCGGUUCAACAGCCAGCGAACAAUAAAUUACAUAUAGUGCGAAAUGUAUCGAUCCGUAUCCAUCGGAUUCUGAUUUCAAUACGCAUCGAAUUUUUCUUCUUGAAAAUCUUGAAUAAAUCAACAACUAUUUGCUCAAAAAUUCACAAGUUUGGAAAUACACAAUGUCUGAAAACACAAGAAGUUCAGCGUUCCGGAAAAUUGACGUCGAUCAAUUCAAUGAGAAUUUCAAAGAAGACGAACAACCCGAAAGUCAAUCGACAACUGCCAUUCCAGAUGAAUCUGAAAUUACAACUAUGAUUAACCAAGGUCGUUUUGCUGAUGCUUUAAUAACGGCAUUGAAAAAUGCGCCUUUAGGAUCAAAAAAUCAACAAUUAAGGGACAAUGCCUUAAAUGUUGUAAUGAAAGUUCUUCUGGCCACCAAACUAUCUCAAAUAGAUGAAGUUGUUGCUCAGUUAGAUGUUGACAUGAUAGAUAUUCUUAUGAAGUAUAUUUACAAAGGAUUUGAAAAGUCAACUGAGAAAAAAAGCAGUCAUCUUCUUAUGUGGCAUGAAAAAGCCUAUGCACUUGGCGGAGCUGGUAGUAUAAUCAGAGUGCUUACUGACCGCAAAAGAGUGUAAUCUAACUAACAAUUUAUUUAAUUUUUAUUGAAACCAUAACACGCAAACAUCAAUGUUAUAAUGUCAAAAAAUGUACUUGGUACUUCAUAAUUAUUAUUAUUAUUUAAGCAUCAGCAUUUAAUUUUAUUAAGGUAUUAUAAUAAAAUGUUUUCUCAAAUAGUA